GCCACCGGCAGUGAGUGGUGGCAGAGGCGCGCCGAGCGUCCGCACUGACGCGGCGCCGCAGCUGGCCUCCUCGUCGCGGCCACGAUCCUCACGCUGCUCAGUGAGUUGGGCAGGUGCGCGCGCUGCGCCAGACGCUCACGCGCCGCAGCCCUGUGGACAUACAUGCGCAUCUUCUUGACGCCGCCGGGCUUCGUGCGCGACCACGUUGGCGUCUCCGACACGCCCGACCCGGCCGCCGAUGAGUACUACUAUUCGGCGCCCUGGGCACCCGCCGGCGCGCUGCACUUUGGCCAGGGGCAGGCGCCAGCAAGCGAUGCAGCGCCGAGCGCGCCGCCGGAGCAGAGCGCUGCCGACACGACGGCAAGGGCGCCGCCUGCAGAGCAGAGCGUCACAGAGGCCGCCACAGAGGCCGCAGCGCCGACGACCGUGCCGGUGCCGCAGGAGGUGCCCGACGCGCCCGAGGCCCCUGCGCUGCCGGCGCUCGUCGGUCCGCUGGGCGCGGCCGCGCUGCAGCCGUCGGCGCCCGUCGUCGCCAUGGCAGCGCCGCAUCCCGCGAACGGCAGCGAGGUGCCGCCGUGGAGCGGCCUCAUCCCGCGCCCCUCGCGCAUGCCGGCGGCCAAGCCGGUCCUCGCGCCGGCGCACCGCUACUGCCACCGCUGCAUGCGUGUACGCCCGCCGCGCGCCCACCACUGCCGCCGCUGCGGCACGUGUGUCAUGCGCAUGGACCACCACUGCCCCUGGAUCGGCGGUUGCGUCGGGGCGCAGAACCACAAAUUCUACUACAAUUUUGUCUUCUGGGUGACGGGCCUCGAGCUCUUUACGAUGAUCUCGUCUGCCGUGCUGUUUGCUCGCGGCGUGCGCGGCGCGGCGCCCUACGACGCCUGGCGGACCGACGGCUUUGUGAUCAGCCUCUUUGCCAUCACGGCCAUCUUCACGCUCUUCACCCUCUCGCUGCUGCUCACGCACACGUACCUGCUGCACCUCAAUCUCACGACGCUCGAGCACAUGGCGGUAGAGCGCUCGGCGGGUGCCGAGCGUGCCGCGAUGGACGGCUACUUCUCGAGCGCGGGCGCCGCGGGCGCGGGCAUGCACCUGCGCGAGCGCCGCGCGCUGCGCCGCGAGUGGGACGCCAAGUGGGGCGCGCCGAAACGGCAGGGCAACCUGUGGUGGAUCGACCGGCGCGCCGCGCCCGCUGACGGGCCGACGAGCAACUGGCGCAGCGUGAUGGGCGAGAGCGUGCUGGGCUGGAUCUUGCCCGUCGGCCAGGCGCCGCUCGACGGCACCUGGUUCCCGACGAAUCCGCGCCACUCACGCCUGGGCGUGCUGCGGCCACGCGAGAUGUGGCCGGCCGAGCUGCGCGACCGCUGAGCGAGCCGGAUGCCAGUCCCGCGCUCGCAGAUACCCAUGGGCAUGCGUAUGCCCCGGAAGUCACCAUUUACUCAUGUUAUUGCUCUGAGCUG